UUAAUCAUUUUGUUCAUAUCUGCAAAAGAAUCUUUUCCCCACAACCCCACCAUCUAUGUCACCUUCCUCUGUUCAUAGAACACACUCACAAACAAGCUUUCACAAAUCCAUCCAUGGAGAAAAUGGGUCACCAUUUUCCCUCCAUCUUCUUCCUCACAUUCCUUCAUCUCCUCCAUUUUUCUUCUCCAAAACUCGAGGUCUCAACGCCGCCGCCAUUGCCAAUCCUCCCACUCCCUUCAUUCUCCCAAUUGAAAUGGCAACAGAGAGAGGUAAUCAUGUUCCUUCAUUUCGGACCCAACACUUUCACCAACACCGAAUGGGGCACCGGCGCUGAAUCCCCCGCCGUCUUCAACCCCACUGCUCUCGAUGCCACCCAGUGGGCCGCCACCGCCGCGGCCGCCGGAAUUUCCCUUAUGAUUCUCACUGCCAAACACCAUGACGGAUUCUGCCUCUGGCCUUCUAAAUACACUACCCACUCUGUUUCCGGCAGCCCUUGGAAGAACGGCCAAGGCGACGUCGUUGAGGAAUUUGUUACCGCCGCUGCUGCCCGCGGCAUCGACGUCGGACUGUAUUUGUCGCCGUGGGAUCGACAUGAUCGGAGAUAUAGCCAGGAUUUGCCUUAUAAUGAGUACUACUUGGCUCAGUUACAAGAGCUUCUCAAAAGAUAUGGGAAUGUGAACGAGAUUUGGUUUGAUGGAGCAAAAGGUAAAAAUGCUCCAAACAUGUCAUAUUACUUCUCCGAUUGGUUUGCAAUGGUGAAGGAGUUGCAGAGCUCCAUCAACAUAUUCUCCGAUGCUGGACCCGACGUUCGAUGGGUCGGGAACGAGAACGGCUUCGCAGGAACGUCGUGCUGGUCGACCAUCAACCGGACUUCGCUCGCCAUCGGAGCAGAAGGCAUUUCCCAGUACUUAAACAGAGGUGACCCAAAAGGCACACAUUGGCUACCACCAGAAUGUGAUGUAUCCAUAAGAAAGGGAUGGUUUUGGCAUAAAAGAGAAUCCCCAAAAACCUUAAAACAUCUCCUAAAAAUCUACUACAACUCAGUUGGAAGGAACUGUGUUCUUCUAAUCAAUGUCCCUCCCAAUUCCACAGGUCUAAUUUCCCAACAGGAUGCCAACACUCUCAAACAAUUCAAAACAGCCAUUGACAAAAUUUUCACCACAAAUUUAGCUCAAAAUUGCUCUGUAAAAGCCAGCAGCCAAAGGGGAGGUAAAGAGGGAGGUUUUGGGCCAGAAAAUGUAUUGGACAAUGACCAUUUAUGGACUUAUUGGGCUCCCGAGGAAGUUGAUGAUGACCAUUGGAUUGAGAUCAGAAGUCAGCAAAACCAACGGCUGAGAUUCAAUGUGGUGAGGAUUCAAGAGGCUAUAGGGCUUGGUCAGAGGAUCAAACAGCACGAGAUUUAUUUGGAUGGGAAGAGGAUUGUGAAAGAGAGUAGUGUUGGGUAUAAGCGGCUGCAUAGGAUUAAAACUGGGGUGGUUUGUGGGUAUGUUCUGAGGGUUAGGUUCACUGAGUUUAGGGCUGUUCCUUUGAUAUCUUCUUUGGGUCUUCAUUUGGACCCUUUUUGGAACCCAACUGGGCUCUCAUCCCCUACCAAUUAAGCCAUGGUCGCCCUAUUUAUUAAUUAACACAAAUUAUUAGACAUUCAAUAAA